UAAAAGCAUGCGAAGGCAUGAAUGAAAUGCUGCGGAGAGCUUUGUUCAAAGUAUCGUCAAGUGCUGUAUUGAAUUUCCGAAUAUUCAAUGUGAGUCGCGAGUUAGUGUUCUGUGUACUAUGUAUUACUUAGACGUUUCUCUAGAACUUCCGCAACAUCCAAACCUUCAAGUUUCGCAGGUCUAUUUGAAGAAGAAUAUCCUUGGAUCCGUAAGACAAUUAUUCGGCGAAGAAGGAACCAGGUGUACCAUUGAUAUUCUCAAGUAUAUUCCAAACGAGCACAGAUUCAUUUUGCGGUGCACGGAUGACUGUUACGUACGUCUAAGGGCAGCUUUAACUCUGGCAGUAAAGUACGAAGAAGAAUCGUGCGUUUACGUGGUCCAUCGUGCCUCGCCUAAUUUAAUAUCGUUUGUCGCAGAUAGUAGAAACUAUCGACACUAAGAAAUAAAGAAGUAGAACAAUUUGCGGUUGGGUGAAUAUCUAGGGUAAUCUGCUUGUGCCUUUGUUUUAAGGGACAGGUCGUACAUUUCUUUGUAUGUUCGUAUCGAUCGAUCAAAUAUGCCGUUAAUUCGUAAGGAGGGUAAAGAUACUAUAAUAUUCGCAUCGAAGGAAGAUCAUGCAACGCCUAGUAAAAUAGAUCUUCCGGAACCGGAACCGAGCCCGGGUCUCUUGUUACCCAAUGGGGAAAUUAACUGGAACUGCCCUUGUCUCGGUGGCAUGGCAACCGGUCCAUGUGGUUUGGAAUUUCGAGAAGCUUUUUCUUGUUUUCAUUACUCCACCGCAGACCCGAAAGGCUCGGACUGCUACGAAACGUUUAAAACGAUGCAAACUUGCAUGACCGAGUAUCCUGCAUUGUACGGAAGCAAGGAGACCAAUUUAGACGACCUGGACGAAGAAAUGGACGAUCCGACCGAAGACCGUAAUAAAAAUUUGGAGACUGACAAUAAUACUUCCGGUACGCACGAUAACCUAGAAUCGAAAAAGGAAGUAAGACCGCCGGGUGAUCCUAGUACUAAAAAUGAAAUUGAACGGACUAACGUUAAUUGAACGAUCUUUGUCUUGCCAGUGAACAAACAAUGGAAUACGAUUGUGUAGCAAGGCAUCUAGAAAAAAUUUUUACCGGGACUUAAUAAAAACAGGAUCUCUGCUAGUCCUUACAAGUAAUAGGUUGUAUG